AAUUAAAAUUAUUUUUUUACCACCUUUGCCACCACAACUCAGACCACCUUCAGUGCAAACCUUCCAUCCCCAAUAUCCCCCACAAAUGGGUGCCAAUUUAGGUUUUCAACAUGCUGGUGCUUCUCAUAAUCUUCCACAAUCCAUGUUUCAUCCAGGUACAAAACCUCCUUCUAGUGUUGGAUCUACGUUCCCACUUGGGCAGACGCCACUACCAAGUCAACAAUCAUCUCAGCCACCUUAUCAGGUUGGAAAUAUGCUAUUCGGGUCUGAUUUCGGUAAUCAAUCUGGAAAUGCAAUGCAAAUUGAUAGAGGGUCUUCUUGGAUGCCUGGUCCAUCAGAAAAUCUAGUACAGCAUUCUGGUCCUCUGGGACCACAAUCUGUGGUUUCUGGUCUGGUGGGUGCUGCUAAUCAGCCUCUUAGGCCCCCUGCGUUGACACCAGAGAUGGAGAAGGCACUGCUUCAGCAAGUCAUGAGUCUCACACCAGAGCAGAUAAAUCUUUUGCCUCCGGAACAAAGAAAUCAAGUGCUGCAACUGCAACUGAUGUUGCGUAAAUGAUGCUGUACAUUUACACAAUGUGAUUAGGCAGUCUUAAUCCUUCCAAUUUGGCAUAUAUUCUUCUGUUACCUAUGAUCAAAGUGGUUGGCUAGAACUAUGUCAACCCGAACUUUUAUUUCUUUAUCUUCUAGUUAUUUAUUAUUCUGCAAAAUUAAGUGAAACUAGUAUCUCUUCAUUGUUUCAUGUAUGAAAAGUCUAUAAGUUAAUCUCCUUGGUGCUCUCCGUCAUCACUGUUUGGUUAAAAUGAUGUAUUGUAUAGAUGUUGUACAAAGGCUACUUGUACACCCGUUUAUAACUCAAGAAAGCUUGCAUCAUUGUUUAAGAGUUACCUAUAUGGCUAUACCAACUUACUGCUUCAAAAA